CGAUUUCUCAGCUUUGUCUUACCUUAUCAUAGGUUUCAGUUUCCAAGUGGGCUGUAUUUUAUGGUUGCCUUUAAAAAUAGAACACAGAAUUCAACAGAAACGUUUAUUUCCCCAAUUAUUUUAUUUUCUACAAAAUAUUUCGGGAUCUAUAGAUGUAAAAGGUAGGAUCCUUGCUUGCUAGUAGGUACCUACUCAGAAAACUACAAACUUCAGUGUCAGGUGGUGUAUGAGUAUUAGGAGUCUCGCCAAGUUCUGUAGAUGUGCUGAAGGAACAGUCAGUAUCAGGAAAAGUGGGUUUGUAGGAUGGGUAGGAUUUGAACAGUCAGGGAUUUGGGAAGUUGAUGGGGCCGUUCUGCCAGGCAAAGAGAAGAAUGUAAAUACAGCUGUAAUCAUGGCAGAGAAGGGGUAUGUUUGGGAAAGAAAUCUGGAGCAUUGGUGUGUGUGUUGGGAGGAUUAUUACUUUAAAGCAAAUUGGGUCCUUGAAUAUUAGGACAAGGAGUGUAGGUUUUAAUUGAUAGUAAUUUCAGAGCUGCUGCAGUAUUUUGAGCAGAGACAUGAAGAAAGGCAGUUUGGUGAUGGCUUGUAGAUGGAUUUGGAUGAGAGAGUUUUCAGAGACAGACUAAUAGGUGGGUGUCACUGAGAAAAGGGAGGUAUAGGUAUUAGUAAAACUUGUCACUGAUUGUCAGAGUUUGAGGAUGAGGGGCUAGAGGUGCUGUUAGGAGAAUAACAAUGGUGGUACCUCUGACUGACAUUGGAAAUCGCGAGGAAGAGCUGUUUGAGGCAAGAGUAGGUUCAGUAGGUUUUAGAAGUUUUGAGUCUUGCAGUUGUAAUGUAGAAGUGUAAGUAGGUGAAUAUUUGGGUGUGGUUCCCAUAGCUGAAACCUUGGAUAAUAAUGUUUAUCGUAAUCUCACUUAAAAAUUUGUCAGAGCACCAAAAAAGAUGGUGCUGGAUGCACAACAGACUAUACACUGGUUGCUUACAGAGCGGGGAGGGGGAAGAUUUAUUAAAACAUGUUGUGGUUUUCUGAAUGUUACUUUUGUAAUUUGAAGAACAGUAAAAAGGGUUGACUAUUUGAAGAAAAAGAUUCAAACAUACAGGAAAAAGGAAACUUGGAGGAAAUGUCUGGUAUCUGAGGAAAGUAUGUACAGAAAAAAAGUGAAUUUGGACCUGAAGGAGAAUGCUCAAAUUUAAGGAGCAGGAAAAAUAAGAGCCAGCAGGAGUUCAGUUUGAGUAAAAGGAGGAAUUAGGGGUAUAUUUGUAUCCAGUAUUGUUCUGAUCUUGUCACAGCGAUCACUUUUCAAGUUUUACAUGUACAGCUCAGCCUUUCUAUUAGCUGCAACUUCAGUGUUGGUAAAUUAUUAUGCUGCUUUGCACAUUGACUUCUAUGGCGCCUACAACACAUCAGCUUUUGGAAUUGAGCUGCUUCCUCGAAAAGGGCCCUCGCUGUGGAUGGCACUCAUCGUUCUACAGCUAACAUUUGGAAUUGGAUACAUUACACUACUCCAAAUUCAUUCCGUCUAUUCACAGUUAAUUAUUUUGGAUCUCUUGGUUCCUGUAAUAGGCUUAAUCACAGAGCUACCAUUACACAUCCGAGAGACUUUAGUUUUUACCUCUUCCUUGAUUCUCACGUUAAAUACAGUGCUUGUCUUGGCAGUGAAACUUAAGUGGUUUUAUUAUUCCACAAGAUACGUUUAUCUUUUAGUAAGGCACAUGUAUCGAAUUUAUGGAUUACAGUUAUUAAUGGAGGACACAUGGAAGAGGAUUCGUUUCCCAGAUGUACUGAGAGUCUUUUGGCUAACAAGAAUUACAGCUCAGGCUACGGUAUUAAUGUACAUUUUAAGGAUGGCAAAUGAAACUGAUUCCUUCGUUAUUUCUUGGGAUGAUUUCUGGGACCUCAUUUGUAAUCUUAUAAUUAGUGGAUGUGAUUCUACACUCACUGUACUGGGCAUGAGUGCUGUAAUAUCCUCAAUAGCCCAUUAUUUGGGUCUUGGAAUAUUGGCCUUUAUUGGAUCAACUGAAGAAGAUGACAGGCGGCUUGGCUUUGUAGCACCUGUUUUGUUUUUUAUUUUGGCUCUUCAGACUGGUUUAAGUGGGUUAAGACCAGAAGAGAGACUUAUUCGCUUAAGUAGAAACAUGUGCCUUUUAUUAACAGCAGUCCUGCAUUUCAUCCACGGAAUGACAGACCCUGUAUUAAUGUCUCUCAGUGCCUCUCAUGUGUCAUCUUUUCGUAGACAUUUUCCUGUGCUCUUUGUCUCUGCUUGCCUGUUUAUUCUUCCUGUUAUACUCAGUUACGUUCUUUGGCAUCACUAUGCACUAAAUACAUGGUUGUUUGCAGUUACAGCCUUUUGUGUGGAACUCUGCUUAAAAGUAAUUGUUUCUCUCACUGUUUAUACGUUAUUCAUGAUUGAUGGCUACUAUAAUGUCCUCUGGGAAAAGCUUGAUGAUUAUGUCUACUAUGUUCGUUCAACAGGCAAUAUUAUUGAAUUUAUAUUUGGAGUGGUAAUGUUUGGAAAUGGGGCUUAUACUAUGAUGUUUGAGUCAGGAAGUAAAAUUCGGGCUUGUAUGAUGUGCUUACAUGCCUAUUUUAACAUCUAUUUACAAGCAAAAAAUGGCUGGAAGACAUUCAUGAAUCGUAGAACUGCUGUAAAAAAAAUUAAUUCGCUUCCUGAAAUAAAAGGGAGCCGCCUACAAGAAAUAGAUGAUGUAUGUGCAAUCUGCUAUCAUGAGUUUACAACAUCUGCUCGUAUUACACCAUGUAAUCAUUAUUUCCAUGCACUUUGCCUUCGGAAAUGGCUGUACAUUCAAGAUACUUGUCCAAUGUGCCAUCAAAAAGUGUACAUUGAAGAUGAUAUCAAGGAUAAUUCAAAUAUAUCUAACAACAAUGGAUUUAUCGCACCCAAUGAAAAUCCAGAGGAAGCUGUAAGAGAAGCUGCUGCUGAAUCUGACAGGGAAUUGAAUGACGACAGUUCAGACUGUGAUGACGACGCUCAAAGAGAAAGAAAUGGAGUGAUUCAGCACGCAGGCACAGCAGCUGAAGAACUGAAUAAUGAUGAUACUGAUUAAAACAGCAUUUACUAAUCACUGAGGUAUUUGUUUAAAAUUCAGUUCAUCCAAAAUGGAGUAAUAUGCUUCAUUCAGUGUGUAACCAAGCACAAAAACAGUAUCAAUGUUGAAUCUGUGAAUGGUUUUCCGUUUACUGUGAUGUGCUACUGUAAAUAUACCUCUUCAAUUACUUCUGGUCUCUUUGGUGACCUAUUUAAAUUUGUGUACAUUAUUGUACAUAGAAUAAAAUUUUCACAUUUUUAUGACAAAUGUGAACAAAUAACUUUUUAAUAGAUGUAAUAAUAUGGUGCGUCAACUGUGCCAAAGAUUCCUCAAUGGAAGUAUAUAAUGUAUCUAACUCUGGACCCUAGUUUUUCUUUAAAAUGGGUGGGAGAGAAUAAAAAUGCAAAUCAGGGGAAACCGUAUUAAAUCAAAGAAAUCAGAGAAUUUGGACCAACCAGAGGAUAAAUGCUAAAUGUAGAGUAUUUUUAAAACUAAGGAAAAAAAUAGGCUGCCAGAAGUGAUUGAGACACUUUUUUGAAA